AGUAGAAGAAGUUGUUGAGGAAGUUGCAGGUGAAGUGGGAACAAUAUUCUUGAGAAAUUGCCUACCUAACGUUAACUAGAUUGUGGACUAAAACUGCGGACGUUUUGGUGUUACCUAAGCACUUCAUCACACAUUGAGGACAACUCUGAAAGAAGUGUUUUGAGGUGCACUCAGUGCAACCUGGUAAACUUUUAUAGCUUGUUGCUAUGCCAUUCCCUUUUGGUAAAUCUCACAAGUGUCCAGCGGACAUUGUGAAGAACUUAAAAGACAGCAUGAUGAUUCUGGAGAAACAUGACAUAUCUGACAAGAAGGCUGAGAAGGCUACCGAGGAGGUCUCCAAGUCUCUCCUGGCCAUGAAGGAGAUUCUGUAUGGCACUAAUGAGAAGGAGCCCCAGGCUGAAGCGGUGGCCCAGCUGGCUCAGGAGCUCUAUAACACUGGCUUACUCGGCACCCUCAUUGCAGACCUACAGCUCAUUGACUUUGAGGGCAAGAAAGAUGUAGCUCAGAUCUUUAAUAACAUCCUGAGGCGUCAGAUUGGCACACGAACUCCCACAGUCGAAUAUCUCUGCACUCAGCAGAACAUCCUCUUCAUGUUGCUCAAAGGGUAUGAGUCCCCUGAGAUCGCGCUAAACUGUGGGAUCAUGUUGAGGGAGUGCAUCCGUCAUGAGCCCCUUGCGAAGCUCACCCUCUGCUCUGAGCAGUUUUAUGAGUUCUUCAGAUACGUGGAGAUGUCCACGUUUGACAUUGCCUCCGAUGCGUUUGCCACAUUCAAGGACUUGUUAACAAGGCACAAAAUGCUGAGUGCUGAGUUUCUGGAGCAGCAUUAUGAUAGGUUCUUCAGUGAAUAUGAGAAGCUUCUCCAUUCUGAAAACUAUGUGACAAAAAGGCAGUCACUUAAGUUGCUAGGAGAGCUCCUUUUGGAUAGGCAUAAUUUUACCAUCAUGACUAAAUACAUUAGUAAACCAGAGAACCUGAAACUCAUGAUGAAUCUGCUGAGAGACAAGAGCCGUAACAUACAGUUUGAAGCCUUCCAUGUCUUCAAGGUGUUUGUGGCCAAUCCAAACAAGACCCAACCCAUCCUAGACAUCCUGCUGAAGAAUCAGACCAAACUAAUAGAUUUCCUAAGCAAGUUCCAGAAUGAUCGUACUGAGGACGAGCAGUUCAAUGAUGAAAAGACCUAUCUCAUCAAGCAGAUCAGAGAGCUCAAGAGGCCCAACCCACAGGAUGCCUGAACAGACAGACAUAGUACAGAUCGUGUCUACAUGUCAUCUUAGGCAACAUCUGAACAAAGUGUGGCUCUUUUAUGAUCCGGAGUGGUUGCAACACCAAGCAUUUUUUUAAAAUUUGGGUUUUGCAGGAGAAAUACGUCUCAUGAGGUCUGAAGGCGAGGGAGAAUGAGGAUAGAGUCUUGCUUUGCUGGACUUGGACAGUUUGUUUUAUUUUAUAAAUAGCAAACAAAAGGACAGUCGCUGCUGCUUUCUUGCACAUGAAAAUGUUGUAGGCCUUGUAACACAAACAUAUGCUUGUUCUCAUUGGCAGACAAGAAGUGACUGAAGUUUGACAAUUUGAUGUUAAUGGGUUUCCAUAAAAUAUCAGCAGAGCAGCAUGUCAUUAAUCUUGUCUAACCUCAGUCCAGUUGUAUUUCUCACAAGAGACACACCCAUCCUUUUACUUAUACAUGCCUCCUAACAGCGCUCAACACACACAGUUACAGAUGUGUUAGCAUGCGCACACCCAAGUACAACCUAGUAAUGGUUGUGUGUGGUUAAUGGAGUUACAAUAUAAGAUAUGGUUUGAGACUGAAUACUGUACCUGGUUAAAAUGUGAUUGAUGCAUAAUCCUAAUUUCAAUUUGAUGUGUUUCACCCAUCCAUUGGGCAAGUAUUAUGUUUUAGGGAGGGGCAAUUGAGGUUAGAUAUGUACAUAUGUUCCCCCCCCCCCCCCCUUUUUUUUUUUUUUUUUUUUUUUUUUUUUUUUUUUUUUUUUUUUUUAAAUUUUAUUAUUAUUAUUUUAUUUUGGGUACUGUAAUUUUCCAUUGGGCUCUGACCCUUGACUAUAUGUGUGUGUGUGUAUAUAUACAAACUGAAGACAUUACGUUUUUGGUGGUUAUAAAAAUAAUAUUGUAAGAUAUGAGUGACUGUAAAUGCUCUGCUCAGUUGUGUGAAGCCCUAAUUUGACCCAAAUAUUUGCUAGGGAUGUUCUGGCUCCUUACCUGUGACUGGUUUUCUGUCCUUUGUGUCCAGCCUCCAUUAUGAGCUGACUGUAAAAACAAGUCCCCAGGCUAGAUACUCAAAGUAGUAAAGAACUGAAUUCAGUUUUCAGAAAGGCCAUCUAUUUCAAAUCAACUUCAGGAAAAUGGUCCUUCAAAAAUAAGAAACAUGACCAGCCCUGACACAGAGGGUUUUGAUUUCUUUCAACAAAGGUAUCAGUGUUGGAAAUUUCGCAGACACUCAAUUUUAAAACCAUUUGUUAAAACUGCAGUAGACUUGCAUGUAAUGUCCUGAGUCAGUAUUUCUGAUAUAUACAUGAAAGCACUGGUUUGGAGACCGUGGAAAGAUGUGGGAUGAUUCUUUUAUUACUGCUCUGGUUUAAAUUCAGAUUUUUUCACUGCGCUUUGUAGUAUAUUACAUCUGCCAUAGCUUUAAUGUACUAAAAAACAUUCUACGUCUGCUCUAAUUUAAUCACUUGCAGACUAAUCGGCUGUUUGGUUUUACCAGUAACCCCCUCCGGUGGUUAUUUGUUAAAGUAGUAAAACCCCAACCUCUACUUUUUUUUUAUCAAAUCAUUGUUCUGGAUGUAAUUCUCUGAAGUAAAAUGUAAGAAUUUUAGUUUUUUAUUUAAAGGACAUGAAAAAUUCUUGUGAGUGACCAAUUUGGCACAAAGCCCAAAAAGCUUGUGGCAUAUAUGUCAGUUUGCAAUUAAUUGCAGUCAUCUUAUGUCUUUAAAGUCACCAUUUACUUAGACAAUCUAUCACCUUCAUCUUGGUGCACUUGCAGACUCAGGUGGCAAGAAAGGCAUAUGGUUCUCAUAUGUGAGUGUUUUAUUUAUGUGUGUGUGUAUAUGUGUGUGUAUAUAUAUAUAUAUAUAUAUA